AGCGAGAGAGACAGAGACAGAGAUAGAGAUAGAGAUAGAGACAGGGAUAGAUACAGAGAUAGAGAUAGAGAUAGGGACAGAGAUAGGGACAGAGAUAGGGAUAGAGAUAGAGAUGGAUAUAGUUAUGUAAAUAGAGACAGCCACAGAGAUAGAGAUAAUAGAGAAAGGAAUAGAGAUUAUUUAAGAGAAAGAGAUAGAGAGAAGGAAAGAGAAAGGGAUAGGGAUAUUGAGAGAAGGAGACAAAGGGAGAAUGAGGAGAAUAUAUAUAUAAAGAGACCAGAGGAUAGUAUACCGGAUCGUCCAGAGAAUAGAGAGGCAAGGGAAUUCUUAAAGAAUGCUCCAUCAAAGGGUCUCUGGAUGCCACUCGGCAAAGAGGUCAAAGUGAUGCAAUGCUGGAAGUGCAAGUCCUAUGGUCACAGAGCUGCUGACAAAGAAUGUCCACUCUUCCUAAGUGGUCAACAAGCGCAAGAGAAUAACAGGCGUGUAUGUUUAUCCAUCAAUCAGAUAUUGAAGGAAUGA